UGGGGUUGCGGCUGUGGUGUCUUGAGCGUGUCGCCCCGGUCGUCGCCAUGGUGAAACUGAGCAAAGAGGCCAAGCAGAGGCUGCAGCAGCUUUUCAAGGGGGGCCAGUUUGCUAUCCGCUGGGGCUUCAUUCCUCUCGUCAUUUACUUGGGAUUUAAGAGGGGUGCAGAUCCUGGAAUGCCUGAACCAACUGUUUUGAGCUUACUUUGGGGAUAAAGGACUAUUUGGUCAUCUGGUUUUGGAAGCAGUCACUGCAGAGGAACAACAUGGAAGGUGUGCAUUCUGGCUGGGAUAAGAGAUGAGACAUCGUUCAGACGUUCACCAGUUGGAUGGCACAGGGCUCUUACUUCUCAGAUGCAUCUCUGGCAGAGUGGAACCUCUAUUGACUUAUUUAUGAUAGACUGUAUUAAAAUAAAUGUUUUUAACAA